UAAUAUUUAUAUGUUUUUUUUCUGGAAUUGGUUCCUGUUUAAUGAGUGUGUGCGUUUCCCGCUGUGUGAUGUGUGCGGGACGAAGCAGCUCUGCGGGUACGGGUGAAGGGGGCGUCCGCCUGGCUGGCGGGUCGUUGGCGUCUUGGGAUGGUGCAGCGUCCUCAUCCACCCCUCAUCUCCUCCCCAAGUCUCUCUUCCUCGAACCCGGCUUCUGUCUGGGGGGCAGGCAGACCCCCCACCGGCUCUGCUCGGACCCAGGGCCCCUGAGCACCCAAGACUGCAACAGGACGAGCGACCACAACCCCCCCGCGCCCCCCAAACAGAGACCCCACACAACGGGACCCAAACCUCAAGCCACUCUCUGCACCCUCGAGGGGACCGGAGUACCCGUCCCUGGAAUUGAAGGGGGCGCCACUCCUUCCUGUGUGCUGUUGCUCAUCGAGAAGUUUGAGAGGGAUCCCCCAGAGGAAGUCUGCUCCCCGGCCGAUAGGCUCCUGGACUCCCUGCAAAUGAGGGACCCGCUGGCCGAUCAAUCGGGUUGCUGCUCCGAGCAGUUGGCCCUGCCUCCUUCCGGCCUGAGCGACGGCAAGAUGGCCAAUCGGGACAGCGGGAUCGACAGUAUCAGCUCGCCGUCGCACAGCGAGGACCUCUGCUUCGCGGGAGAGGAGGAGAGGGGGGCGGGGGAGAGGGAGAGGCCACUCCCCUCAUGUCCUGUUAGCCACAACCACAGGGAGGAGGGGGGCAGAGACUCGGAGGGGGAUAGUGAUUUGGGGGAGGGGAGCGGAGACGAGGAAAGCAGCGAGUCCCCGAAUCAGUCAGAGGAGGUGCAGGCUGUACCCUCCAAAACCAAGAGACAGGAUUCUUCAGAGUUCUCGGCACAGCAGAAAGUGUUCAGUAUUGCGAGCGAGCUCCUGCACACCGAGCAGGCCUAUGUGUCCAGGCUGCACCUCCUGGACCAGGUGUUUUGUGCCCAGCUCCUGGAGGAGUCUCGCUGUCACGGUUCUUUCCCCUCUGAGGUUGUCAUGAGGAUCUUCUCCAACAUCUGCUCCAUCUACCGCUUCCAUCAGCAGUUCCUGCUCCCUGAGCUCGAGAAACGCAUGCAGGAGUGGGACUCAAACCCGCGGAUCGGGGACAUCCUGCAGAAACUGGCCCCUUUUCUGAAGAUGUACGGGGAGUAUGUUAAGAAUUUUGACCGCGCCAUGGAGCUGGUCAACUCCUGGAUGGAGCGAUCAGCGCAGUUCAAAGGGAUCAUCCACGAGAUCCAAAAGAAGGAGGUGUGUGGGAACCUGACCCUGCAGCACCAUAUGCUGGAGCCGGUGCAGAGGAUCCCGCGCUACGAGCUUCUGCUCACGGAUUACCUGAACAAGCUGCCGCCCGACGCCUCUGACAGCAAGGACGCCGAGAAGUCUCUGGAGCUCAUCGCCACAGCUGCAGAGCACUCCAACGCUGCCAUUCGCAAGAUGGAGCGAAUGCACAAGCUGCUGAAAGUCUAUGAGCUGCUGGGGGGGGAGGAGGACAUCGUAAACCCCACAAAUGAGCUCAUCAAAGAGGGGCACAUCCUGAAGCUGUCAGCCAGGAACGGGACCACGCAGGACAGAUACCUAAUCCUGUUCAACGACAGGCUGCUGUACUGCGUUCCCAAGCUGCGCUUGAUCGGGCAGAAAUUCAGCGUCCGAGCGAGGAUCGACGUAGAUGGGAUGGAGUUGAAAGAGACGAGCAUCUCCUGGACCUUCCUGGUUUCCGGUAAGCAGAGAUCCCUGGAGCUACAGUCCAGGACUGAAGAGGAGAAGAAAGACUGGGUUCAGGCAAUUCAGACCACCAUUCAGAAGCAUGAACAGACACUAGAAACUUUUAAACUGCUCAACAUGUCUUUUAGAGAAGAGGACUACACCCCCCCUCCUAAUUCACCACUGAAUCUGGGGUGCCGGGCCCCUACCCCCAUCAGAGAGAAGGAGGUCACUCUCUGCAUGACGUGCCAGGAGUCCUUCAACUCCAUCACCAAGAGGAGACAUCACUGCAAAGCCUGUGGACAUGUGGUGUGUGGGAAGUGCUCUGAGUUCCGCGCCAGGCUGCUGUACGAUAAUAAUCGUCCGAACCGCGUGUGCGUGGACUGCUACACAGCGCUGCACGGGGCCCCGCCCACUCCGGGCUGCCCCGCCCAUGCCCCUCCCCGGAGACGUCGCUCAAUACUGGAGAAGCAGGCAUCAGUCGUGGCUGAGAACAGUGUGGUCUGCAGCUACAUGCACUUCAUGGAGAAGGGGGCAGGGCGGGGCUGGCAGAAAGCGUGGUUCGUGGUUCCAGAGAACGAGCCACUGGCUCUGUACAUCUAUGGAGCUCCGAAGGAUGUGAAGGCUCAACGCAGUGUUCCUCUGAUUGGGUUCGAAGUCUCGGUCCCAGACGCUUCCGAUAAACUGGAGCGGCGCUCCGCCUUCAAGAUCACCCAGAGUCACCUGACCCUGUACUUCAGCGCGGAGGGGGAGGGGCUACAACGCCGCUGGAUGGAGGUUCUGACCAGGGCGGGGCGGGGGGAGGAGCCGACUGGCCACACCUCCAUCUCCGAGGCAGAAGAGGAAGGGGAGGGGCCAGCGGGUGAGAGCACAUGGUCUCAGAACAGCUUUCAGUUUUACAACGCACUGAAGACCCCUCGUGUCCAAGACUUUUAG